AUGUCUGAGCAAAAAUUUAUUAUUUUUACUGAACAAAAGUAUCAUGAAAUGAGGGGAAAGCAAAAUUCUAAAGACAUUAAGCAAAAGCCUAUUGAAAAUGAAGAAUCAAAUAGCCAUAAUAAAUGUACUAAAAGUUUCGAAAAUGUCGAUAAUAAGAUAAAUAAUUUUGAUCAAAAAGUAAAUGGCUUUGGUCAAAAAAUAAAUUAUUUUGAUCAAAAAAUUAAUGACUUUGAUCAUAAAUUCAAUGACUUUGACCAAAAAUUCAAUUACUUUGAUCAAAAAGUAAAUGGAUUUGACCAAAAAACAAAUGCCUUUGAUCAAAAAACAAAUGCCUUUGAUCAAAAAACAAAUGAUUUUGAUCAAAAAACAAAUUAUCUUGAUCAAAAAAUCAAUUAUUUUAAUCAAAAAGUAAAUGACUUUGAUCAAAAAAUCAAUUAUUUUAAUCAAAAAGUAAAUGAUUUUGAUCAAAAAAUGAAUUAUUUCGAUCAAAAAGUAAAUGAAUUUGAUCAAAAAAAAAAUGAUUUCGAUCAAAAAAUAAUUUACUUCCAUCAAAUGAUGAGUUGCUUCAAUAAUGCAAUUGUUGACUCUUCUGUCGGGUUAGGUGAAAAUCUUCUUUUAACUACUCAGAACGUAACGUUCAGUCUCAACGCUGAUGAAUAUCCUGAUGAAUAUCUCGACAAGAUGGAUGAAAGGAUUACAAACCUUGAGAGUCAAGACUUCAGGAUGAAGAAUUUUUACCCUGAAAAUCCAUAA